ACACACACACGGAGACACACACGGAGACACACAGAGACAGACACACACGGAGACACACAGAGACACACACACAGAGACACACGGACACGCACAACCUGCGGCUCUGACCCAUGUGAGAUCCUCCUCGCUCUUCUCGGUUCUUCUGGAUCUCACGCACGCGCACUCAGCAUGGCGCGUGCGUUCCUGUGGAGCUUCACGCUACUCGCAGCAGCUCAGAUGGCUGUCUCCUCCGGGGUCUUCGAGCUGAAGAUCGAGUCCUUCACCCCCCCCCCCGGCCUGUGUUCCUCGCGGAGCUGCCAGAUCUUCUUCCGCGUGUGUCUCAAGCACGCGCAGGAGGUCAUCGACCCGGAGCCGCCGUGCACGUACGGGAGCGCGCUCACGCACGUCCUGGAGUCCGACUCCAGCUCCAUCUCCGGGAGCGCGCCCGUCCGGGUUCCGUUCCUGUUCAAGUGGCCGGGAACCUUCUCUCUGAUCAUCGAAGCCUGGAACGCAGAAGAAUCUUCAGGUCUCGACUCCACAGAGAACCAGAACAACCUGAUCAGCCGCAUGGCGACCCGCCGGCGCCUGAGCGUGCACGAGGACUGGGCGCAGGACGUGCACUUCGGCGAGCAGAGCGAGCUGCGCUACUCCUUCCACGUGGCGUGCAGCGAGCACUACCACGGAGAGGCUUGCUCCGCCUACUGCCGCCCGCGCAACGACACCUUCGGCCACUACGGCUGCGACGCGGCGGGCGAGCGGCGCUGCCUGGCGGGCUGGAGCGGCGAGUACUGCACGGCCCCCAUCUGUGCGGCGGGCUGCAGCAGGAACGGUUUCUGCGAGUCUCCCGGCGAGUGUGUGUGUCGUCAGGGCUGGACGGGCGCACACUGCGGCGAGUGCGCCCGCCACCCGGGCUGCGUGCACGGGACCUGCCAGGCGCCGUGGCAGUGCGACUGCAAGGAAGGCUGGGGGGGGCUGUACUGCGACCAAGAUCUGAACUACUGCACCAACCACCGGCCGUGUCGGAACGGCGCCUCGUGCACCAACACGGGCGAGGGCAGCUACACCUGCGCCUGCCCCCCCGGGUUCACCGGCAAGAACUGCGAGAUCGAGACCAACGAGUGCGACAGCAACCCGUGCAAGAACGGUGGCAGCUGCAAGGAUCUGGUGAACGAGUAUUCCUGCGCGUGCCCUCAGGGUUUCUACGGGAAGAACUGUGAGGUCAGCGCCAUGAAGUGCGCCGACGGGCCGUGCUUCAACGGAGGAACCUGCGAGGAGAACCUGGACGGUGGCUACAGCUGCCACUGCCCCCCCGGCUUCACGGGCUCCAACUGCGAGAAGAGAAACGACCGGUGCAGCAGCGACCCCUGCGCCAAUGGUGCCCAGUGUCUGGACCUCGGGCAGCGCGUCAUGUGUCGCUGCCGUCCCGGCUUCACGGGAUCUCGCUGUGAAACCAACGUGGACGACUGCGCCGGCGACCCCUGCCGCAACGCCGGCACCUGCGUCGAUGGCGUGAACGACUUCACGUGCACGUGCACGCUCGGCUUCACCGGCAAGGACUGCUCCACGCGCUCCAGCCCCUGCGACCACUUCCCCUGCGACAACGGAGGCUCGUGCUACACGCACUUCUCGGGCCCGGUGUGUCAGUGUCCGUCCGGCUUCAUGGGCGCCCGGUGCGAGUACUCCGUGAAGACCACCCCCCCCACAGAAGCGUCCGCGAACAGGGAUUCCAAUCCCGCGCUGGUGGCCGCGGUCGUCCUCGGCCUGGUGACGCUGGCGCUGCUGCUGUGCGCCGCCGUCCACAUCCUGCGGCAGCUGCGCCGCGGCAGGAAGCUCACGGCGCUCUCCAGGUCGGUGAAGAACGACCUGGAGGCCGUGAACAACCGCAACGCGACCAUCGGGGGGGGCGGACAUCAUAACGGGAGCCUACCCGGAGCGCCGCUGGGCAGCCUGCGGGAGAAGGAGGCGUUCCUCGUCCCCGGGGGACAAGUCAAAGUCUCCAACAAGGACGCGGCGCUGGUGGAGAAGGACAGCGACAGCACGGCCAUGUUCAAAAACAAGAUGGCGGACUGCAACCUGGCGAACGAGGAGCGGCGUCUCGGCAAGAACAAGUUCGACCUUAAGAAGUGCGACUCGUCCAUCAGCGUGCCCCCCCCCUCCUUUGCAAAGGACAGUGUGUAUCAGCCCGUGUUCAUCAUCCCGGAGCAGACGGAGCAGUGUGUGUUUGCUACUGAGGUUUGACCUCAGGUUUGACCUCGGACCGCCGGCCUCGUCUUCCAGGACACUUCCUCCGCAGGGUCUCACUAUUAUUUAAUAUUUAUUACCCCUGCUCAGUGGAAAGAAACAACAAGACAGAACUUUGUAAAGAAUCGUUUCCACGUUCAAACCGACAGUUUUUGGACGACUAGGUUGUGGAAAAGAGAGAAGGAGCGAAGGAGGAGAGAAAAGAGGAAAAGACUGAAUGUCCAGCAUCAUUUGCACUAUUUAACUUUUUUUAUACAUUAAAUCUUAAUAUAAUUUUUCUUGCUCUACAAUUUCCUUUGGAUCAAAUAUGAAUGAGAUGUGAAGAGUUGGAACUUUCCACCAAUCAAAAAGACCGGUGCCUUACCGAUGCUUCCUAAUCACCGUGGCAACCAUCUCCUGUACAGUUUCCCAACGAGAUGUCAAUCAAACCGUCGAGGACCCGACGGACAAUCACACGUUUAGCUUCAGGUCGAACAACCUGAACGUUUCCUCUUGUGUUCGAUCUGAAAGACGAACGGAGGAAUUUCUAUCGUCAUGUUUUCAUGUCCUGCUUCCUGAGGAGAUGAAGCAUCCGAUGUGAGGAAGAAGAAGAAGAAGAACAUCGGACAAUCACACAAACGCCGAAGUGCCUCUUCAGACAAACACGUAUUUAAACAACAAAUAGAAUUUGUUGCUUCUGGAAACCAGAGAUGGGUUUUUUUUUACUGGAUCUCAUAUUCAAUCUGUCUUGAAAAGCUCAGAACCAUAUUCAGAUCCACUGGAACCAUCUUUGUAAAUCAGGUUUAUUCUUCUAGACCUAAAUCACCAGAGUCCCAGAUUCUGAUCUGAGUCUAAACCAGUUCCAGGUCAAUCAGAGCAAUCAGCUGUUUUCCCCUCAGGAGCAGAGGAUCUGUUCUGACGCUCAGGAGUCGGACCUGCAGAGUUCAGCUGGAUCCACUUGAUCCGUUUGUCUUUCUGUGACGGUUCCUGUUCGGAUCCAGGCGCAGCGUCCAGAGGUUUAUUUUUCCAAGAAAGCAGAAAAACAAACGAACAAAGAGUCGUCACUUCUCCGACUUCCUCUGUUUUUAAACAUUUUAUCACAAACGUGAACGACUCCAGAGAGGUUUUAUAAUCCGCCUUUUUUACCGAAUCCAUUUGAUACCAAAAAUAAGUGUUUUUCCUGUGUACUCGUGUCUUUGUUCUAUCUCUGUUAAUUUAAGAAAACAAUGCAAUGUGUACAUAUCGUCCAGAACAUAGUUUUCCUAUUUAAUUUUGCCCUUUGUAAAUAAUUGUGUAUUUAUGAAAGAGAAUUGUAUAUAUGUCUAUGUCAAUGUGCCUAAUGUCAGAAUCAAGAAAUAUAUUUUUUCAUAAAUAAAAUGUGACAAUAAUGAA